UCUAGGCAAAGUUAUUUCAUAAAGUUCAUUUGUAGUUCUAAACAUAUUUAGGGUGUUUUUUUCUUCACUUCUCUCCAAAGAUGUUAUUCCUUUCUCCUACAGCCUCAAUUGCAACUAUACGCAAAUGACAGUGCAGUGCAGUUUCUUUAAUAAUCCACACAAACCAGUCUGAUUCUAUUUCUUAAGCUCGUCCAGUUGGUGGCAGCAACGGGACAUUUUUUUUUCAUCCUUUAAACAAUAACAGAAAGAGAAGCAAACCAGGCAGAAACGCUCGGAGCCCUGAGGAUCACGCGACAGCGAAUCCUGUUUCAUCCUCGCGCAGCUUGAAGUUUGCUGUCCUCGAGCCCAACUACACACAGCCUCACAUUCGCGAGCUCACCGAGGCGCGAGCCAGAAUGUGAACAAGCUCGAUGCAGAUUGCUGGAGUUCCUACACUCAGUCAUUGUCUUUCAAAGUACAAUAUUACAGGUCAUUUGAGUGCUGUGUGAAGUGGAAAGGAUCCAUGAGUCCCCAGCGUUCCAACAGUCGGCCAAAGGCCUCCAAGAAGAACACCCAGAAAAGUCCCACGCCAAAAGAAGAAUUUGUCCAGCGUUGGCUGAGAGGUCAGAGCCAGAGGCUGAGAAAGGCCAAAACUGGUGACGGCAUCGGUUGCACAGGUCGAGGGAAGAAGUGUGACAUCUUCGACUUAAUCAACAACGCUCAGGAUGAGGAGUGUGUUGGUGGAGAGGAUGGGGGAAAGGCUGUAGAGAUAACUGAUCAAGGACUGGAUGAUUCGGAGGAGUACUGUGUCUCUGUUUGCAACAGCACAGAAUCUGGCCCCUCUCUUUAUCUCGCCAAUACCAGAAAACCGAGGCCUUCGCAGAACCUGUGCUCAGCCUGUCGGAAGCUCUAUCAGAAGGCAAAGAAGAUAAAAACACCAGUCAUAAACAAAGUGCUGGACAAUGAUCCCAAGUCUCUGACAUGUGACCAGUGGGUGCUGACCAAAAAGUGGACACCUCAAAGGCUGCCUAAUGCAAGAGGGAAGCUUUUGAGCCAUGUAACAAAGCUGAAGAAUGCCUGUGCGAAACAAAGUGAGCUAUGUGUGGGAGGAUCCUCCACCUGUUCAAGGCCACACACUUUCCUCCAUAGGAACCUCAGACGGUGCAUUAAAGUGAAAAAGGAGAGGAAGAGGAAGAGGAACAGGAGGAAGAGACCAAGAGACGAUUCCCAGGGUUCCCGUGUCGCUAAGCAGCAGCGUCUCCAUGGCAACACUCCCAUCAGGAUCAACUGCGUGGAUGUUGAGCCAAACAGCCACCAAGAAGGCAGCAGCCAAGGGAACACGGAUGUGACUGUUGAGGCGAUGACCUCCUCUGUGACAUGGAAAACUACUAAACCAAACAGUGCGUCCAGUCAGAGGGCAUCAAAGAAGAUGGGUGGAUUCAGAAAGUUGCUGGCUGAGCUGCGGAGCAAGAGCAGCAUCAUCAGAGAAACGCGUUAGUGAGGUGACAGCAUUCAGGGGUAGAUGUAGCUUUUACGUGUGAUCUGCUUUUCUUUAGUGUUGUUCAGCUCAGGUGUUACCUGUUCGAUGCCAUAUGCCUGUAGUUUAUUGACAGUACUGUUGCAGUUCCAUGCACUUUUUGUUUUUCCUUUUAAAUUUCAAAAUAAGAUUUAUUUAAUUUUUCUUACAACUGGACAUCUGUGAAUAAAUGUUUAUAACGUUGA